CUGAAGCUGAAAAUGCAAACCCUCUUAAACCCUCACCCCAUUUCCUUCCUUCCCCCCAAAAUCCAAAACCCUAAAUUCCAUAACAUCAAACACCAAAAUUACAAUUACAGCAAUAAUAAUUUAAACCCAAUUUCCACUAGCAAAUUCACCACCAAUGCAUUCCAAGCAGACGAAUUUCCAGUGGAUGAAGAAUUCAUCCAGAAGUUCGGCCCGAAAGACGUGGAAACAGAAGACGAAGCUCGUCGUCGCAACUGGGUCGAAGGCGGAUGGGCACCAUGGGAAGAAAUCUUGACCCCAGAAGCCGAUUUUGCCCGGAAAUCGUUAAACGAAGGGGAAGAAGUCCAGCUUGAAAACCCAGAAUCAAUUGAAGCAUUUAAAAUGUUGAGACCAAGUUACAGAAAGAAGAAAAUGGAAGAAUUGGGGUUAACGGAAGACGAAUUUUACGCGAAACAGUUUGAGAUUAAAGGAGAGAUACCUGACCCGUUGAUAACGGGCUGGGCUGGCCCUUUGGUUGUUCGACAUGUUCCGCCGAGAGAUUGGCCGCCGAGAGGGUGGGAAGUGGAUAGGAAGGAGCUGGAGUUUAUCAGAGAAGCGCAUAAGUUUUCGGCCCGAAUUGAUUUGGAUCAAGUACUGAAUGAGGCAAAAAGUGAUGUUGAUGGGUUGUGUUUGGAUAGAUAUAAGAUGUUUUUGAAACAGUAUAAUGAAUGGGUUGAUGCUAAUAGAGAUAGAUUAGAAGAAGAAUCUUACAAGUAUGAUCAAGAUUAUUAUCCCGGUAGGAGGAAAAGAGGGAAAGAUUAUAAGGAAGAAAUGUAUGAGCUACCAUUUUACUACCCGGGACAGAUUUGUGUUGGUAAAGUUACUACAUUGCAUCUUUAUCAAGGAGCUUUUGUUGACAUUGGAGGUGUACAUGAUGGGUGGGUUCCCAUCAAACGUAACGAUUGGUUUUGGAUUCGACAUCAUAUAAAAGUUGGUAUGCAUGUCAUUGUUGAAAUAUUGGCAAAACGAGAUCCUUACCGUUUCCGGUUUCCUAUCGAGAUGCGUUUUGUUGAUCCUAAUAUUGACCACCUUAUUUUUAAAAGAUUCGACUACCCGCCAAUUUUCCAUCGUGAAGAAGACACUAAUAUGGAUGAGUUGAGUCGUGAUAGUCGAAGGCCUCCUGUUUCUAGAGAUGAUCCAGGAAUCAAGGUGGAGGAGGAACCUCUUAUUUGUAAUCACCCUUAUGUUAAUACGUUAUGGCAAAUACAUGUUGCUGAACAAUUGAUUAUGGAUGAUAUGGAAAUGAAUCCUGAUAAAUAUGAGGGUAAGAAAUUGUCCGAGUUAACUGAUGAAGAGGAGUUUGAUGAAGAAAAUAGUGUUCAAUAUACCCAAGAUUAUUACAAAGAAAGUUUGCUUCCCAAAAGGAUUGUGAACGUUAGCAUCAAAGAUCUCGACUUGGAAGCUGCAUUUGCAGAGCGCCAGCAUCAUAAUGAAUUGAAAAUAAAAGCAAUGGAAGGAGGCGCAACUUCGUACAAAAUAGAUAAAUUGAGGCGUAAUCACGAAAUGGAUGAAUACGAUUUAGUUCAUUGGCGUCGGUCAGUCGAGGAAAGAGAAGCUUUACUUAGAGAUAUAAGCUGCCGUAGAGCACUUGGUCUGCCGUUAGAGGAGCCAGGGAGAUACCAUGAUCCGAACACCGUUGCGAAAGACAAAUAUGACCCUGAAAACCCACUUUAUAGAUACGAUUACUGGGGUGAGCCAAAGAGUUCGGAAAAGACUAAGCAAAACCGAUUGAGAGAUUUCCAUAACAAAGGCAUUAUAGGUAGGGGAAUGGUUUGGUAUGAAUCAUCGUAUGAAGAGACAAUGAAUAAUCAGGAUGAAACACAAGUCAAUGAGAUCUCGCAGACAGAGGAAGACGAAGAUGAUGAGGUAGAUGAUAUUAUAUACGAAAUUGUUUCUGAGCCACAGCCUGAAGUGAAUGGGGUUCAGACUAAUGUAUUUUCAGAUGAUUAUGAUUAAGUUGCCCGUAUUGUUCACUUGUUGUAUGUACAGAUGAAAGGUGUUUGUUGAACAUUAGAGUGUCUCCACGAGCAUUUUUGAACGUUAUUGGCGGAUUUAGAUAUUUUUACUAGUUUUAUCAAUAUUAUAGUUGGUGCAUUUUCUUUUAA